AUGAGAAAUAGGGUGGAGACGUGCAGUUUUUGCUCUCGACCCGUAUACCCCUCAAAGGGUAUCACAUUCGUUCGAAACGAUGCCCGAAGCUUUCGCUUUUGCCGAAGCAAGUGUGAGAAGAACUUCAAAAUGAAGCGUCAACCCAGACGUGUGAAAUGGACCAAGACGUACCGUGCUCUCCGCGGCAAAGAAAUGAUAGUCGACUCGUCACUCUUACUCUCGCAAUUCGCAAAGAAGAGAAACGUCCCUGUCAAAUACGACCGCAACCUUGUUGCAGCCACCCUCAAAGCCAUGGAGAGAGUGGAGGAUAUUCGCCAGAGGAGAGAGAGGGUUUUUACAAAACGACGCCUGGCUGGCAAACUUGCGCGCGAGCGUCAACGCGAGGAGGACCGCAGAGUGGUUGCAGAGGGCGAGCACCUUAUCCGCAAGGAGUUGCGGGAAAUGGAGGCGCAAGAUGUGCCUAUCACUACAGAGACGCUCAAGGUUCCAUCAGGAAAGGUCCUGGGCGAGGAGAGAGUUCGCCAGAAGAGAAAGGCCAAGGUGUUGGUCAAUGGAGGAGUGGAAGAGGAGAUGGAUGUCGAUUGA